CUAGGAUCUUACUGGUUGUUUUUUUCAUAGGGUCCCAAACAGCUCCGAGAUUUGGAAUGUUUGCUUACUGUCUAGUAGCAAAAUGGCGACUGUCAUUCAGAAUCCUCUCAAAUCGCUAGGUGACCAGUUCUACCGGGAGGCCAUAGAACACUGUCGCAGCUACAACGCCCGUCUGUGUGCCGAGCGAAGCGUCCGUAUGCCCUUCCUGGACAACCAAACUGGCGUGGCCCAGAACAACUGCUACAUCUGGAUGGAACAGCGCCACCGUGGGCCAGGUCUGGGUGCUGGACAGAUGUAUGCGUACCCAGCUCGGUGUUGGAAGAAGAAGAGGCGGCUUCACUCCCCUAUGGACCCUCAGCUACACCUCUGUGAAAUACGACUGGAGGCAGAGCUGGCCCCUAAGAGGGAGCCCUCCCCAGGAGAGGCCACAGCUCUGGAGACUCUGCUCAGAGGGGAGGGACAACUGGAGAAGAAGAAAGACAUCAUCAAGGAGGACGAGACCCUUCUGGAGAUACAGAGGGUCUUGGAGGCCGACGAGAAUGGGGACGAUUUUCAUCAUGACAAUGAGGACUUUGAAGUGGACACUCCGAAGAGGAAGCAGAGGAAAGGAAGGGGCCGAGGAUCCAGCCGCAGAAGGGCGGAGGCUGUGUCCAACGACGACGUGGAUAAACCUUACGUCUGUGACAACAGAUACAAACAAAAGCAUAACUCAAAAACUGCUGACUCAGUCUGUGGGAAGCGCUAUAAGAACCGUCCAGGUCUGAGCUACCACUACGCACACACACACCUGGCGGAGGAAGAGGGGGAGGAGAGGGAGGAGAGGGAGGAAGAGAUGCCACCGACCCCGCCACCACCCCGACCAGACCCAGACCCCGACAACCACAAACCUCAGAGGGCGGCAGAUGGCUCCAUCAUCCCUAACGACUACUGUGACUUCUGUCUGGGAGACUCUGACUCUAACAGGAAGACUGGCCAGGCUGAGGAGCUGGUGUCCUGCUCUGACUGCGGCCGUUCUGGCCACCCUACCUGUCUGCAGUUCACAGACAACAUGAUGAUGGCGGUGAAGACCUACCUGUGGCAGUGCAUCGAGUGCAAGUCCUGCAGCCUCUGUGGCACCUCAGAGAACGACGACCAGCUGUUGUUCUGCGACGACUGUGACAGAGGAUACCACAUGUACUGUCUGAAGCCCCCCAUGACCCAACCUCCUGAGGGGAGCUGGAGCUGUCACCUGUGUUUGGAUCUGUUGAAGGACAAGGCCUCAGCCUAUGAAGAGCCAUAGCUUCUCUAACACACACACACACACACAAUGAAUUUACAGGCUCAGGGUGCAUAUUCAGUCUCAUCUCGUUCAGUUUCUCAGUUUCUAUCUCAGUACUAUCCUCUACCUCUGAAGUUGAAACAAUGUCAUGAUGUGGGUUAUAAACACCACAAAGAGAAUCGUCAAAUAGUAAUCUUUGCUACACGGUGUUUGACUCUAUGCUGUUCUACAAUGUAGUCUCUUCUGACAGUUAGCUCGCUAGAGAUGUUUGUGCUGAGGUAAAAAAAAAAAAAAGCAUUAUGUACCGGAAACAAGGAGAAUUUAUGUCUGUUUGUUUGAAUUUCAGUUUCCAGUCCUCUCCUUGUUAAAAUUUCACAGUGACGUUGUUUCAUAUUGCACAAAGACAUAUUGCAUAUUUGAAAUAGUGUUACUCACAGGACUUAUCAAGCAUCCUUUUAUUUUUUGAGGAGUCAUUGCAGCCGUUAUUUAAUUUCAGUUGGAUAUUAGCCAGGUUUGUGGUUAUUAGGAUACUUAAAAGUACCUCAUGACAAAGAUCUAAAUCGUUAUUAAUUUAAAACUGGUCUUAUUUAUACAUUUCUGGUUAUUGUGACUGUUGGAUGGAUGCUUUUGUUUGUAAAUUGAAGCAACACAAUAUGGUGGCAAUCCUGCUCCACUUCCCAAGUUCUGGUUCCUAGAUCAUGUUGCGCUCUCUGUUAAAAUGUGUUACCAUGCAAUAGGGUUUACACGUUGUUCAUAUUUUGUAGAUCGGUGUAGGAAACUGGUAAAGGGCUAUAUACAUAGACCAUAGAGAGAAACAUUCAGCAUUCACAACCCCUGGACUUUCCCCAUUUAAUUGUCUUUAAUUGUUUUUUUUUUUUUUUUUUUUGGGUCAACGAUCUACACAAAUUACUCUCUAAUGUAAAAGUAGAAUAAAAACUCAAACAUUUGUGUAAAAAAAAAAGAAAGAAGGAAAA